UUAUAAUACGAGACUAGGUUUCCCAAGAUUCAUUGUUGUGUUUUUAAAAAUAUUUGGAUUUAGAUUAAUAAAUAUAUAUUUUUUGAGACGUCGACGUCAUCGAGGCGCGACGCUCCACUACGCACUUCAUAGUUUGUUCUUUCGCUCUCGUUUCGUCUCCUAAAGCUUUAGUUUGGUCUUUAUUGGUCGCUUCCUCUCCUAUCCAUAACGUCUACUGAGAGAAGACAAUCAUCUCCGUUUAGUUUGGGGGUUUCAGUUGCUUUGAUCGUCACGUUAACGAGUUUAUUUUCGUAGUUCAAACUUAAGCCGCCUAACUCUCCGUAGAGUCGGGGUUUUAAGCUUAGUUUAGUGGAUCUGUGAUGAUGGAUCUCCACGGAGGACCAGGAGGAGGAGGAGGACCACCAGGAGUCUCUAACCCUAACCCCAACGUCCCUGCCUUCCUCACCAAACUCUGGAUGCUGGUGGAAGACCCCGACACCGACGACCUGAUCUGCUGGAGCCCAAGCGGGAGCAGCUUCCAUGUGUUGGAACACGCCCGCUUCUCGAAGGACGUUCUGCCAAAGUUCUUCAAACACAACAACAUGGCCAGCUUCAUCCGCCAGCUCAACAUGUACGGGUUCAGGAAGGUGGUGCACAUGGAGCAUGGCGGGCUGCUGAAGCCAGAGAAGGAGGACACCGAGUUCCAGCAUCCCUUCUUCAGCCGAGGACAGCAGCAGCUGCUCGACCACAUCAAGCGCAAGGUCCCGCCUGUGUCCUCUGGGAAGCAGGAGGAGGGGAAGGUGUACCCGGAGGAGGUCUCCAAGAUCCUCAACGACAUGCAGCUGAUGAAGGGCAAGCAGGAGAACAUCGACUCCAAGAUCACCACCAUGAAGCAUGAGAACGAGGCGUUGUGGAGAGAGGUCGCCACUCUGAGACAGAAACACGCCCAGCAGCAGAAGGUCGUCAACAAGCUGAUCCAGUUUCUAGUGUCUCUCGUCCAGCCGAACAGAGUUAUUGGAAUGAAGAGGAAACUUCCUCUGAUGCUGAGUGACUCAAGCUCCACCCACUCCAUACCCAAAUAUAGUCGACAGUACUCCUUAGAACCCCUGCAAGCCACGCCCGCUAUAUCGGCUCCGGCCGGCUCGGUGACUUCCGGCCCCAUCAUCUCUGACAUCACAGAGUUGGUCACGCCCACCUCCACGGAGCUCAGCAGUGAUUGGAUAGAUGCACCCGACAGCCCAGUCAUCCUAGUGAAGGAGGAGCCGUCCAGCCCAGAUCUGAAGGACACGCCCCUUUCACCCACCACCUUCUUUAACUCCAUCCUAUUGGACAACGAAGGAGCCAAUCCCUCAGCAGCCAAUCGGCUAUCGGCCAGUCCCAGUAUGGAAUUAGGCUCCUCCUCCACAGCUGUAGACGCCAACACACAAUCACAGCUUCCUGACCACGCCCCCAGACAUCCUGACCACGCCCCCAGACUUCCUGACCACGCCCCCAGACCUUCCCCCCCAGAGGAGAGGUGUCUGAGUGUGGCGUGUCUAGACAGUGCUCUGUAUUGCAGGUCAGAGCUCUCUGAGCACCUGGAGGACAUUGACAGCAGUCUGGAGAAUCUUCAUCACCUCCUCAACGGCCAGAACAUCAACAUAGACUCCUCCCCCCUGUUUGAGUUCUUCAGCUCCCCUGGAUCGGCCUGUGCAGAUUUUGACCUCGACAGUCUGGACACUCUGCUGUCCCCUGAGACUCCAAGAGAGACAGACGGACACUCGGCCUCUGAAGGGAAGCAGCUGGUGCAGUACAGCACCACGCCCAUCUUGAUGCCUGAGCCAAUGGGCUGCUUGGGGGGCGUGGCCGACCUGCCCUCUCUGCUGCAGCUCCAGGAGGAUUCCUUCUACAGCCCGCCCCUCCCAGAGGACCACCCCUCCGUCUCCACGACAACCACCUCCUCCACCCAGCAUCCCAACUUCCUGUAACCACGACAACCACCUCCUCCUCCUCCUCCCAGCAUCCCAACUUCAUGUAACCACGACAACCACCUCCUCCUUCUCCCCCAAGCAUCCCAACUUCCUGUAACCACGACAACCGCCUCCUCCUUCUUGUAACCACCAUCUCAAGUAUUAUUACAGUCUAAAGUAGAUUCUACAGUAGUCUAUGACAGUGUACAGUAGAGUCUAUGACAGUCUACAGUACAGUAUAUGACAGUCUAUAGUGCAGUCUACAGUAGAUUCUACAGUAGUCAAUGACAGUGUACAGUAGAGUCUAUGACAGUCUACAGUACAGUCUACAGUAGAGUCUACAGUACAGUCUACGACAGUCUACAGUAGAGUCUACAGUAGAGUACAGAACAGUCUACAGGACAGUCUACAGUAGAGUCUACAGUACAGUCUACGACAGUCUACAGUACAGUCUACAGUACAGUCUACAGUAGAGUCUACAGUAGAGUACAGAACAGUCUACAGGACAGUCUUCAGUACAGUAUACAGAACAGUCUACGACAGUCUACAGUACAGUCUACAGUAGAGUACAGGACAGUCUCCAGUACAGUAUACAGAACAGUCUACGACAGUCUACAGUACAGUCUACAGUACAGUCUACAGUAGAGUCUACAGUAGUCUAUGAUAAUCUACAGUAGUGUCCCUCUACUGACAUCAUGCAGUGGUUGAUCUUUUUCUCAGUGUUGAUUUCUUGUGUGUUUUGUGUUUCGUUUUGCGUUGGAGCCCCUGCUGUGUGUGGUGUUCUCUUAGGUCCUCAGUGAAUAUGAUGUACAUAGCAGAGCAUGGAAUCUCUACCGCCAUGAUCUAUUUAUUUCAAUAGUUUGGACAAAAGGACAAAAGGAAGACAGAAUCUGGAUCUAUUUUUGACGUAUCGACUCGAGGCUGGAGACCCUAGGGGUCAGAGGUCACACACCGUGUAUACAAUCUCAGACAGGCCGACUGUCAGACAGGCUGAUGGACAGACAGACCGUUACCCAUCUUGCCCACUGCACCCGUCUGUUGACGGAUCCCAUUGACUGCAUCGUGGGUCCAUCCGUUCCGUUGGAUCCGUCGGCUCCGUCAGCAACGGACGGAUGCAGUGGGCAAGAGGGGUUAGGCUGUCAAUCAGCCGACUGUUCCCAUGGCAACCCGUCGGUCCAGUCAGCGGACUGUUCCCAUGGCAACCCGUCAGUCCAGUCAGCCGACUGUUCCCAUGGCAACCCGUCGGUCCAGUCAGCCGACUGUUCCCUUUGCAACCCGUCGGUCCAGUCAGCCGACUGUUCCCUUGGCAACCCGUCGGUCCAGUCAGCCGACUGUUCCCAUGACAACGGGGCUGCAGGGCCGCCGGGGGUGGGCUGUGUUUUAAAUAAAGUUGUGUUUUGCAUCGACUCCUUGUCGUCCUUCUUCUUCGCUACAAA